GUCUGACAGUCUGACGAGUGACGAUCACGAAUCGCGCAAGCGCAGCUGAGAAAGUUUGAAAAUGGCUGUGAUUGGUCACGAACCUAUUUACUCCCAUCAGCCACCAUUCCGAGAGGCAACGGCAGGAUAUUGGACAAUGGACAGUGCUUCGGCUUUUACCGAUUGAGAACAGGUGACUAAGCGUGUGAAGAAAGAAGAACACCACCUAACGAUAGUAAACACUACUUGCAGACCGUCACCAUGUCAGUGAAUUACACAAAAAUAAUGAACCGGGAGCAAUGGAGUAAAUAUAAAGCCGACUUCAAUGCAGAUUAUUCAGAAUACAGAAGACUUCACUCUGAAGUUGAAAAAGUUUCCCAGAGAUUUGCUGAUUUAGAAAAGAGCUUAAAGCAACAAGUAAAGUUUAGCCCUGAAUGGAAGAGCAUACAAAAACAAAUUAUUCAGGAAUAUGAGGAAACAAAGCGUGAUCAGGAGUUCCAAGACGCCAAGAAAAGGUUUCAGUAUCUGCAUGAAAAGCUGUCACUCAUCAAACGCCUGGUUUCUGAAUACAAUGCAGCACAGAACUAUACUGACCCUUACCUCACUCAGCACAUGAAAUGCUGCCUGUAACAUUCCAAGGACGAUCAGUUGAGCAAGAAUCUCAUUGUGGUGAAAUGACAUUGUGCUUAGUACUUUCUUGCAAGUUUCAUUAUACAUUUCAAAAUGUAGCAUAGGAAUUUCUAUCAUACUUGUCACAUAUAUUCUAAGGGCUGUUGGUCUGGAGAGGAUAAUGUGUGCAGUUAUGAUGACUGAAAGAUUGAAAAAAUAGACAUUAAGUCAGUAUUGGAUAUAGCCUUCGCACUGUGUUGUAUGGUUAUAUGCUUAACUUGAAAGGUUGAAGAGUUAACUUAAGAGGAUUUUUACUUUUCCUGUCAAGGGUGUUGUUUUGAUUUUGAAAUGUGUGAUGAACUGAAUUUCAGGCUUCCUUCAUAAUUGGUAAAUGUAAGAAAUUUUUGCUGACUUAAGCUCAUUGUCAAGUCAUAGAUGGCAGUCAGAAAGAUUGUUUUUGCUUGGAAUUUCACCAUGAAGAAAGUGGAAUAAUGAGCUGUGCAUUUAUUUUUGGAUAAUUGUUAAUAUUAAUUACACAAUCCUGAUACAUUCACAGAGGGACAAUAUAUCUUGUUAAUUACUGAGAACAUAAUAUGUGAGGUGGUGCUGUAUCUACAUAAGUGAAGAAAAAUCAAUAUCUUUCCAAUGUUAAUGUAUUUUAUUCCUGAGACUGAUUGUCAUAAAAAAGAGAAAGUAAUUGAAAGUCCCAUAUAUCUACACAACCUUUCCACUGUUCUCUUUCCUCAGAGUAUGGUAGGGGCAAUCACUGUAAAAUUAUGUUGAUUCCAGAUGUGAGAACAGUCGUCAAAAGUGUAGGUGAUAUACUGCAAUUUGAAGUACUGUAUUUUUUUAACCAUUUGCACUUCUUAAUUUAUUUAAAAGUGUGCCCCAUACAGUUAGGUGUUUCUACAUUCGAUAAAAUUUAAAAUCCCAGUUAAUAGAAAUAACAAUAUCAAAAACUAUUUGUGUUGUUAACAACUUGUAGUGGGAGGGGUAAGAUAAUGAUAUGUAUCAUACAAAUGCACAGAGUAUUGUCUAUUAUGAAUAUUUAAUUAAUCUAAAUGUACUGCUCAUGUAAUGCCAAGAAAGUAUUUGCGGACCUAUAUUUUCUGUUUGUAUAGCGUUUCUUAAGUUAUUCAGAACUCGUUUAAGGAUAGUCUUGUCACAGCUAAAAAAAUUAUUGUGAUGGGAUGGACAAAGUUUACUUAAAGCUCUUCCACAGAAUAGUUUCCUGAAAAUGUGGAUAUUAGAAUUGGUAUUAUUGGCACUAAUGGCUGGUGCACUGCUUAUGUAAUACGUUGAACAAACAAAUAACAAUCUGAAACUUUCAAGCAGUUUUACACAUAUGAUGUAAUGAAUUUGUCGCAGUAUUUGGUACUGUGAACUAGAGAACAUUUUAAUGUGAAAAUUCUUACACGAGUUGUGGUUGUGAAGAAUGUACAUCUGUUGGAUAAUGAACUGAAGGUACCAUAAAAAAGCUCCAAUAAGUUUAAUUACAUUAAAAAUCUAUAAGUGCCUGGGUUUUGUAUGAGAAAGUGGCUUUUCACUAAAUAAAAAAUUCAUGUUUUAAGACAACGGUACAAAACUUUAAAUUAUUUUCCAUGUUAUUUACAUGAAACUGGAAUAAUCCCAGUAAAUAAACAGUGCAAGUGUGCUGAUUCCUGGGUAAAUUUAUAUGGCAGAGGGAGAGACAUGAGACAGAGGUUUAUUUUGAAAUUGCUGAAACUGGAAAGACAUUUUGGAUAACGGAGUGAGACUAAGGAAUCCCAAUAUGUUGGCCAAAUCUAUAGCUCAAUAUCACUAUAUUACACCAUUUAAAAAAAUAAAUUUUGUGAUGUGGUACUUCGGCACCAGAGUUCUGAAAGCAGUGCAUAUUGUGUGUUUGUUUCUUUCUAUAAAUGUGUUAAAUAUGUGUAUGAAAUCUCCACAGAAUGAAAUUAAUUGUAUAUGUAUGAGUACUGUGUAAAAUAUUCUGUUGGCCAUCAUGGAACUGGAAGACCAUACUUUGGUUUUUGUAACUUGUUAUUACUCUUGCAAUAAGUCAAAUUUCAUGUCCUUGUACCUUACCAAAAAUGUAUAUAUAAUCUUUAGAUGAUUUGUUUAUUAUUUGCAUAUAGAGUAUGUUUAUGUAGCAGACUGGUCAAAACAUGCAAUACUAUCUUUUGUAAUAAUUCUAUUGUAAUAACAGAAGUUAGGCAUUUGUGGGAAAUUAAUAAAAAAUGUUUCGUCUUCGCAAUUAUUUUUUUCUUGCUCCAUCAGUUACAAAAUUAAAUUCAAUUAGUAUUUGCCAGAUGUGCCCUUCAUAUGUAUACUAGUGAAAGUGAUUACAUUGGUCAGGGAUAUUCCAGAUAUUCUGUGAAAUCCAUGAUUGAGUCAUUUGUUUGAAGUGGAUGUGGCUUUUUGUGAAUGACAUGAAGUGGCUGGAGUUAAAUAUUCUUUCAGUUAUGUAUGUAUUAACAAAAUCUUGUAAAUUAUCUGGCUUGUGGACAAUAUAUAAUCAGAAUGUUCAAACCAUAUGAUGAAAACGGUUAUAGUUAUCAACUGUAUGUAUAUAUUAAAAAUCUUUCAGAUAUUGCUACAGAUAAUUUUGAGAAAGGUAACAGAGAUGAUUUAAUGACCGAAGUACAGUACUAAGUGAAAUGACAGUGCAGAAUUCACUUAUUGGGUAAAGUUUGUUCACAGCUGUGUGUAAGUUGCUUGAUGAAUGCUUCUCCUGAUAAAGUGAAUUAACGUUAUGAGUCAAUAUAUUAAACUGCAAGAAUGUUAUUGGUGGAAAUAAUGGAAGAUAAAUACUUUAUAUGUAAUGUACUUUUAAUUGUGACGUAUUUAUUUUAUUUUAUAUUAAUAUGCAGCAGAUUUGCUGCGAACUAUUGUAACUUGACUGAUGCUGAUGUGAGAAAGGAGGGAGUGAGAACUGCCCUGCCACCAUUGCCCAAGGGUUAACUACAGUGAAAAAUAGGGGAAUGUUUAAUGUAGUAAUUAAAUGGCAUUAUUAUUAUUGUUGUUGUUACAUUAUGACCAUUAUUAUUACUCUCUGUAUAGUGUUUUGUAAAACAGAUUUCAUACAAUAAUAUGCAUUAUGUCUCCUUUUAUUAUUGUGUUCUGCUUUUGAGAUUUUUCAUGAAAAUGUUUAAAAAAAUGUGCUUCUUUGUCCAGGGACUGUGUAAUUAUACCAGUUAUAACUUAUUAUCAUUGUUGGUGUAAGUACUUUUCUGCUGGUAAGGUUUAUUUAUUCAUUCAUCUGUAGACAAAUAUCUUUGUAUAGAUGUCGUAAUCUCACGUGUGUGAGUCUUUAUCACUGAAUUACCUAAAGCAGGAAAAACAUGUUUCAAACAAGAGAAAUGAAGACUCCUCUGGUAAUACCUCGGUUUUAGAUGUAGAUUUCAUGGAGUAAAUUACAAACUGCAAUGCACUGAGUUGCUUACAGGUACACUCUGGUCCUUUUGUCUGCUUUGUAAUUGGUCAACUUGAUCUUUUAUUUGCAAUAAUUUUAUGUUGAAUGAAAUCUUUAAUGGAGUAAAAACUGUUUUUUAGUAAA